CAGGGCGUGUGAACGGUCACCCGUUGUUGUCGGUGCGGCGUCGCGGAAAAUGGUGCCAACGGAGCAAAGUCGGGCGCCUCGUAGAGCAAGGAGCCAACACUGGUAGCUCCGGUAGCUCCCCCACCCCCGGUGGGGGGUCCUGGUGCAACGCAGCAAAGAAUCGAAGCAAAGAACGCAUUACAUUGUACCAGUUCCAGGAUAAUGAAGCACCAAGCACAUCACUGACGUACUAUGUCGCCCCUGGCGGUGUGUGUGUCUGUGUGUGAGUGUGUUUCUUUUUGGUAGAACAUUCCCCGACCGACAGGCGAAGUGCCGCGUAUGCCGUACACGUAGUAGUUAGUAGUUUAGCCAGGUGGGUAGUGGGGGUGUGGAGUGGAUCUCAUUUGAGCUGUUUUGUUCCCCACCAACCUCCAUCUACCACGUCCAUCCGUGCUGAUCAGCUGUUCCGUCAGCCCGGGCGCGCCUGGAGCCCGUAGUUGGAUUUUCCUCCGUGGUGUGCCUGCGUGCGUGCGUGCGUGCUUGUAGUGGUGGACAUGGUGUAUGCGAGUGUAGGUGUUGGUUUCGCGAGGUGGAGCCCGCGUGGCCGAAGGUUGUAGGUCAAGCGCCAAACAGUGAGAAGGUGUGGAGGCAGCGGGGUGUGGUGGCAGUGCGGUAGCCGAUGGUGGUGGUGGUGGUGGUGGUGAAGAUGGUGAACAGGACGAGGCAGGCGAGCACGAUCGGGAUGCUGCUGGUGCUGCUAACCGUACCGUGGGUGGCGGGCCGGUUCGGGACGGCGAUGGCGGGCCAUACGAGUGCAAGCGGCUCGCCGGAUCCAUCGCCAGGCCGGUCGCCCGGCCCACCGACCCUCCUACCACCGGCGUUUGGGGGCCCAUCGUCCCCGGAGGACGAAACGGUCGCGCCAGCCAUCCUCAGCCAGCUGCUCGCCUACGACGUCGGCGAAGGUGACGACGACGGUGGCGGUGGCGGUGGCGGUGGCGGUGGCGAGCAGGGCACAGAAGGCACCGCGGACGAGGAGAGCGUAGUGGCGGAGGACCGGACUUUCGUGGAGCAAGGAGGAACCGGUGAGGAAGAGAAGCCCGAGCAGGACCAGGAGCAGGAGUAUGGGCGGGAAGACGAUCAGCUGCUCGACUUCGACCAAGAGGAAGCAGACAGAUUGGCAGAGGAGGAGGUGGAGGUGGAGGAAGAGCAUGGACACGGUGGUGGUGGGGAGCACCAAGGCCGAUUCGAUUUCCCCGGCGACAACCCGUGUGCGUCCGCCAUCUUGGACUACCUGGAAUCGAGCGGGGGUGAGGGGCCGGGUGCUAUACGGCGUGGCUCACCGGAGGACGGCACCGACCUACACAUCGACGUGCGCCACGAACUGUUUGACACGCAGACCGGCAUCGUACCGGGGCUCCUCUACCAAGUGGAGGUGUGGCGCUCAUCAACAGCCGAGAUCCGGGACUUCUACAUCGAAUCCAUCAAGGGCCAGGCCGGCCAAGGUGGACACGGAUUCCGGUCGGCUGAGGUCCCGAUCGGGCGUUUCGAUAUUGUGAGCGAGGGCAGCUACAAGCGGGCGGCCGACUACCACCGUCCACUGCUCGACGAUGACGCCAGUGACGACGAAGACGAGGACGACGACGACGACGACACACCGGACUCCAUACCGCGCAGUACGUGGAUCGAGGACAUGGAGCUAGACUGGUUGCAGCAUGGUCACCACAACGGCAACGGCAAAGCGCCCGCCCGAUCGCACCAUGGCCGGCUGGUGUUCGGCGAGCCGGAGGUGGCACUAGACAGGGAAGUAGUGGAAGAGGGCGACGAAGGGUCGGAUGAGGAGAGCGAAGCAACGGUCGGUCGGCAGCGGCAGAAGCGGCUAUGGCGGUUACGACGUGACCACCUUCGCCGCCGUCGCCGGAUACUAAAACGCACCAUGGUCGGUGUCGGCCAACGUGCCCCGUCCGCCUGUCCGGACAAUGUCUGGCGUCAGAACUUCAUGGUGGACGAGCGGAUGGUCGCGAACUGGUCCGUACCGCUCGUUCCCCAGCGGAUAGUGCACGACGGCACUCCACUGACGAGCUCUAGCAACAGAACUGCUAGUCAGAGGCAGUCGCUGCAGCAGGAACAUCAGCAGCAACUGCAGCAAGGCACUCUGCUGUUCUUCCGAGUACUGUACCGGACAAUGACCAGUUACGCGGUGUAUGAGCUCAUCUACACGGUAGUGCUGUUGCAAGAGUGCCAUCUGUUUCUGAGGCAAUCGCACGGGUUGCUGUCAUCGAGCCGGCUUCCGCUUGGCUACCAGGACUGCCGCGUUACAUUCCCGAUGCGUCCGUCGCCAGCUGGUAGUCCGGGUCGAGCGGACGAGCCACCCGGCUUGGUGGUGCAGCUAGACCGCCUCAACACGCCCUGCCGCAACGGUGGCUACCUCCAGUUUGUGCCAGCCGCGCGCGUCCUCAGUCCUGCCAGCGGUGGCACUAGUGGCACGGUAUCCAGCAGCGAACCGGACGGCCUGCCACGACCC